AACUUUAGUGAUACCAUUUUGACCUAGACCGGCACUGGCAUCGAAUUGCUACCCACCAUGGCGGAAUCACCACAGAAAUCACUGCAGUACUCGGAUCCAGAGAGUGAUGUUUACGGACAGGGGAAGAAAAGUGAAUAUGUUACAGAAACCCCUACCUACGCUACGGAUGAGAGGCUCGGGGAGAACGAGGAAUAUGGAGAAGUGAAGGAAUUGAGGCGCGGUCUUGCGCAGAGGCAUAUUCAAAUGAUCGCUUUGGCAGGUACGAUUGGAACAGGUCUUUUCCUCGGCUCGGGCAAAGCCAUCGCUCGCGGAGGGCCGCUUGGAGCAUUCAUGGGAUACUCGUUUGUGGGUGUUCUUGUCACUGGGGUAGUGCUCUCAAUCGCAGAGCUAAGCGCUCUUCUUCCUCUUAGCGGCGCGAUCAUUCGACACGCCGAGCACUUUGUUGACCCCGCGCUUUCGUUCGCACAAGGAUGGAACGUCGUAUAUUCUUCGAUGGUGUCCUUACCUGCUGAACUCACUGCCGCUGCCGUCAUCGUACAAUUCUGGAGUACUAUCAACUCUGCAGUUUGGAUUACCGUGUUCGGCAUUCUCUUGAUUGGAAGCAAUCUUUUGUUUGUCCGAGUGUAUGGCGAAAUGGAAUUCACAUUUGCCACUCUCAAGAUUAUGCUCAUCGUUGGAUUGAACAUCAUGGCUCUCGUUAUUGUUUGUGGUGGAGGCCCAGACCAUCAUGCAUAUGGGUUCCAGUACUGGCGUAAUCCUGGGCCAUUUGUUGAGUAUCUUGGCAUCAAAGGCGACUUAGGUCAUUUCUUGGGUUUCUGGACUACCUUCUCAAACGCAAUUUACGCCUACAGUGGCAUCGAGAAUAUCUCCAUUGCCGCAGCGGAGACACAGUCGCCAAGACGCAAUAUUCCAAUCGCGGCCAAAAGAAUCUUCUGGAGAGUCUGCAUUUUCUAUAUUCUGUCAAUCUUCAUGGUUGGACUCAUCGUCCCAUCCAAUGACCCUAACCUCCUUCAUUCAACUGGAAACGCAGCUCAAUCGCCUUUUGUUAUUGCGGCCAAAAGAGCAGGCAUCAAAGUAGUACCAUCCAUCAUUAACUUCGUCGUCUUGACAAGUGCUUGGAGCGCUGGGAAUUCGGGUCUCCUUGGCAGCUCACGCACCCUCUACGGUAUGGCUCGUGAAGGCCAUGCACCAAAGAUAUUCCUCCGGACAAGCCGCAUGGGGGUCCCUUACGUGGCAGUUGGCUUUAUUAGCUUGUUCAUUGCCCUCGGGUACAUGAGCUUGUCCUCCGGUGCUAGCGUUGCAUUCGGAUGGCUUCAAGAUCUCGUCUCUGUUGCUGCAAUUAUCGGGUGGAUGGUCAUCUGCACAGUCUAUUUGCGCUUCUACUACGGCUGCAAGGUCCAGGGAAUCGAUCGCUCGGAGCUCCCAUGGAAGGCGCCGUUCCAACCAUAUGCUGCCUGGCUAUCCUUGAUCUCGUUCAUUGUCCUUCUUCUGACUGGUGGAUACGCCGUUUUCAUCAAGGGACACUGGGACAACGAGACGUUUGUUUCUUCGUACAUCAACAUCCCGAUCUUCAUCAUCCUAUACUUCGGAUACAAGUUUAUCAAGAAGACGAAGAUUAUUCCACUCGCUGAGAUCCCCAUUCGGCAUUUUAUCGAUAUCGCAAAUGCAAAUCCCGAGGCACCUGCGAAGCCAGUUGUUGGCUGGAGGAGAUUGAAUAUCCUUUGGAGUUAGACGUAGUGGACUGUCAGAUGAUAUGGAGAACCCGGAUGAGAAUUAUGGGUGCUGUUGUGUUUGAUGCGCAAAGGUGCAAUAAGGCUUUGGUGAGAAAUGUUUAGAAAUUGAUAAGGCAGUUGAAGUCGUGUCGAUAAAUGCGAUCAGUAGAUUUGAGCGAAUGAAUGUGCAAUGGACAAGAAUAUUCUUAGGUAUAUUGUUAUGAGGUUUCCACUCACAUGUCAACCGGCC